CUGUGACAAGCUUGACUAGCACCCAACAGCCUUGUGGUUUGCAUAUUCUGGGCAAAUGUCACAAGCAAGCCCUGAAGGAAAGGAGGUAUUUAGACCCUGGAACUGGGCCACCCCAGACCUGCCCCUGUGACCACCCCUUGGUCUCUAAGGAAGCCUGAAGGAAGAGCCCAUAGUCCAGUUCUACCCUUCAGCUAUCGUCCAGGGAAAGCGUCCAGACGGAAGAAUCCUAGCCAAAGUUUCUACUAGUACGCUCCAGUUAAGCCCCAGGCCCCCCAGAUCAGCCCAGCUCUGCCUGAAGUAUCUUGUCUCUAAUUCUCCAAAAGCUAAGGGCCUGGGGCCAGAAGACAGACACCUUGCUUUGGAGGCCCAGAGGAAGUGGGUCAGCACAGGCUGUGAACAAGCCCUGGCCUGGGCCAUGCAGUCUGUUCCUCCCGCCUCUCCUUUCCUCUCCUCUUGCCCCCAAAAUAGCUUCCUGAGCUGCUUGGCCAAGACCCUCCCAUGGCUGGGGAGGCGGGGCAUGCUGCCCAGAGCCAGGCUUUAAAAUCCCCUUUCAGCUGGGCAGCUCCACUCCUUGGCUGGAGGCACUGAGGCCAUCAGUCCAUCCAUUCGUCCAUCAAUCCAGCCCACCCUUCUGCAGCCAUGUCCCGGCCCCUGUCAGACCAGGAUAAGAGAAAGCAAAUCAGUGUGCGUGGCCUAGCUGGUGUGGAGAAUGUGGCUGAGCUGAAAAAGAACUUCAACCGCCACCUGCAUUUCACCCUGGUCAAGGACCGCAAUGUGGCCACCCCAAGAGAUUACUACUUUGCACUGGCCCACACUGUGCGAGACCACCUCGUGGGACGCUGGAUCCGCACACAGCAGCACUAUUACGAGAAGGACCCCAAGAGGAUCUACUACCUGUCUUUGGAGUUCUACAUGGGACGGACCUUACAGAACACCAUGGUGAACCUGGCCUUGGAGAACGCCUGUGAUGAGGCCACCUACCAGCUGGGCCUAGACAUGGAGGAGCUGGAGGAGAUUGAAGAGGAUGCUGGGCUGGGCAACGGGGGUCUUGGCCGGCUGGCAGCCUGCUUCCUAGACUCUAUGGCCACACUUGGACUGGCUGCCUAUGGCUACGGGAUCCGCUAUGAAUUUGGGAUUUUUAAUCAGAAGAUCUGUGGGGGCUGGCAGAUGGAGGAGGCUGACGACUGGCUUCGGUAUGGCAACCCUUGGGAGAAGGCCCGCCCUGAGUUCAUGCUGCCUGUGCACUUCUACGGUCGAGUGGAGCACACCAGCCAGGGUGCCAAGUGGGUGGACACACAGGUGGUGUUCGCCAUGCCCUAUGACACACCUGUGCCCGGCUACCGCAAUAACGUGGUCAACACCAUGCGCCUCUGGUCGGCCAAGGCACCCAAUGACUUCAACCUCAAAGACUUCAACGUCGGUGGCUACAUCCAGGCUGUGCUGGACCGAAACCUGGCUGAGAACAUCUCACGUGUCCUGUAUCCCAAUGAUAAUUUCUUUGAGGGGAAAGAGCUGCGGCUGAAGCAGGAGUAUUUUGUGGUUGCCGCCACCCUUCAGGACAUCAUUCGGCGCUUCAAGUCCUCCAAGUUUGGCAGCCGUGAUCCUGUGCGCACAAACUUCGAUGCCUUUCCAGAUAAGGUGGCCAUCCAGCUCAAUGACACCCACCCCUCCUUGGCCAUCCCAGAACUGAUGAGGAUUCUGGUGGACCUGGAGCAGCUGGAGUGGGACAAGGCCUGGGACGUGACAGUGAAGACCUGUGCCUACACUAACCACACGGUGCUGCCGGAGGCCCUGGAGCGCUGGCCCGUGCACCUCAUGGAGACGCUGCUGCCCAGGCACCUGCAGAUCAUUUAUGAGAUCAACCAGCGCUUCCUUAACAGGGUAGCGGCCGCAUUCCCCGGGGACGUAGACCGGCUCCGUCGCAUGUCACUCGUGGAAGAGGGUGCGGUGAAGCGCAUCAACAUGGCGCACCUGUGCAUUGCCGGCUCCCACGCGGUCAAUGGCGUGGCUCGCAUCCACUCCGAGAUCCUCAAGAAGACCAUCUUCAAGGACUUCUAUGAGCUGGAGCCUCAUAAGUUUCAGAACAAGACUAACGGCAUCACCCCUCGGCGCUGGCUGGUUCUGUGUAACCCUGGGUUGGCAGAAGUCAUAGCUGAGCGCAUCGGGGAGGAGUACAUCUCAGACCUGGACCAGUUGCGCAAACUGCUCUCCUACGUGGACGAUGAAGCCUUUAUCCGGGAUGUGGCCAAAGUGAAGCAGGAAAACAAGUUGAAGUUCUCUGCCUACCUUGAGAGGGAAUACAAAGUACAAAUCAACCCCAACUCACUCUUCGACGUCCAGGUGAAACGGAUUCACGAAUAUAAGCGCCAGCUCCUUAACUGUCUUCACAUCAUCACCCUGUACAACCGUAUCAAGAGGGAGCCCAGUAAAUUCAUGGUGCCCCGGACUGUGAUGAUCGGAGGCAAGGCUGCACCCGGGUACCACAUGGCCAAGAUGAUCAUCAAACUCAUCACUGCCAUCGGGGAUGUGGUCAACCACGACCCAGUGGUGGGAGACCGCCUCCGAGUGAUCUUUCUGGAGAACUACCGAGUCUCACUGGCUGAGAAAGUGAUCCCAGCUGCUGACCUCUCUGAGCAGAUCUCCACUGCAGGCACCGAGGCCUCAGGCACUGGCAACAUGAAGUUCAUGCUCAACGGGGCUCUGACCAUCGGCACCAUGGAUGGGGCCAACGUGGAGAUGGCAGAGGAGGCUGGAGAGGAGAACUUCUUCAUCUUCGGCAUGCGGGUGGAGGAUGUGGAAAGACUGGACCAGAGAGGGUACAAUGCCCAGGAGUAUUACGACCGCAUUCCUGAGCUUCGGCAGAUCAUCGAGCAGCUGAGCAGCGGCUUCUUCUCCCCCAAGCAGCCAGACCUGUUCAAGGACAUUGUCAACAUGCUCAUGCACCAUGACCGGUUCAAAGUCUUUGCAGAUUAUGAAGAAUACAUUAAAUGCCAGGAGAGAGUCAGCGAGCUGUACAAGAACCCAAGAGAAUGGACAAGGAUGGUAAUCCGAAACAUAGCUACUUCGGGCAAGUUUUCCAGUGACCGCACCAUCGCCCAGUAUGCCCGGGAGAUCUGGGGUGUAGAACCUUCUCACCAGCGCCUACCAGCUCCAGAUGAGAAGAUCUGAGCAUCCCCAUCAGACCCCAUCUGCCCUUGAGUCCGUUUACAAUCCCUGGGCCAGCUCCACACCUCCUCCAGAGGGUGGGCUCCUGGAGUUACAUCUCUACACCCCACUCCCCCUUCUGGAACCUCUAGGUCCCAGUGUCCAGAGUGACAAAGGACACUGCCCCAUUCCUUCCUGGGGCUCCCACACCCUCCUGUUCAUGUAUGGGGUCUGACCAAGUUCACCCACUCCCCAGUAAAUUCUCUUUGGGAGCUUCCUUACUCU